AUUCUAUUAAAACUCAUGAACUUUGACCCAAUUUCUAACUUUUUCAUUUUGUAGCAAAAUUGAUCUCACCAUUAAAUUUAUAGAAUUUCUGACAAAAUUUAGCAGCGAAUGCAUUAAAUUCACCGUAAUUUAGUGGCAAAAUUACUGGACGGAUUUGGUCUCAUCGCCGGGCUUGUCUAUUUGCAACCCAACCGGACACGGUAAGAACCCAUAGCCCGGUAGGCCGGCUUGUAUUUAUAUCUGAAAAGGGAAAACAAGUAGAGAGAUCUGAUCUCACGUUAUGGCAAACAUAGUAGCGUAUGCGAUCGCGGUGAUAGCAGUUCUGGCGGCGGCGGUCCUGUACCGUUUGGAAACCUUCGAGGCGGCGGCGUAUCCGGAGCACGAGUUGACUCGGGUAGGAGCCCCGGCGUUGGUGGCGGCGAAGCGAAACGACAGGCUUCUGCGCGGGUCGGAGAAGAUCGGAGAGGGCAAGCUGGUGGGGCCUGAGGAUAUUGCAUAUGACCCCAAAACUGGGGUUAUUUACACCGGCGGUGAAGAUGGGUGGAUCAGCCGGGUGUCCGUCACCGAAUCGGUGGUGGAGAAGUGGGUCAACACCGGCGGCAGGCCGCUCGGGAUCGUUCAUGGGGUCCACGGUGAAGUCAUCGUCGCGGAUGCUUACAAGGGGCUAUUGAACAUAAGUAGAAAUGGCGAAAUGGAAGUACUAAGUGAUGAAGCGGAAGGCCUGAAAUUCAAGCUAACUGAUGCGGUUGAUAUCGGCCCCGACGGCACCCUUUACUUCACCGAUGCUUCCUACAAAUACAGCGUCCACCACGCCUUCUUCGACUUGAUGGAAGGCACCCCUCACGGCAGGCUCUUGAGCUACCACCCUUCAACCAAGCAAACAACUCUUCUUUUGAAAGACCUCUACUUCGCAAACGGCGUCGCCGUCUCCGCUGAUCAGACCUUCCUCAUUGUCUGCGAAACGCCAAUGGCGAGGUGCAAGAAGUACUUCAUUCAAGGCCCCCGGGCAGGAUCCGUCGAAAUGUUCGUUGAGAAUCUGCCCGGAUUGCCCGACAACAUACGCUACGACGGCCACGGCCUCUACUGGAUCGCACUCGCCACCGAUUCGAGUUUUUUAAAGAUGGUACAACCAUACCCGUGGAUUCGAAAGUUGAUUGGGAUGUUAGACAAGUACGUAGGGCGGCCAAGUAUGGAAAAAAAUGGAGGGACGAUAGCGGUUGAUUUGGAGGGGAAAGCCAUUGCACAUUACUACGAUGAAGAGCUUUCAUAUGUUACGAGCUGCAACAAGAUUGCUCACCAUUUGUACUGCGGUUCCUUGAUCUCUCCCUACAUUACUCGACUCGACUUGACUCGAUAUCCCGCCACCUCCUCAUCAUAACUUUUUUAUUAAUAUCGUAUGUUCAAUAAUAUACCAUAUGUAUCUUGUAAUUGGAUUUCAAUAUUAAGUUCAACGCUUGCGUACUGGAAUUUAUUUAUUGUUAAUUAGGUUAAUGAUCCCUUAUUUAUUAAGAUGGAUUGGAAUUUUGAAA